AUGGAUGAUAAUACUGUUCGUUCACGUCAAAAAAAGACAACAAAUGAAAGUAAAGAUCAAAUUUUAGAUCAGGAAAAAGAAGAAAAGAUGCUUCUGAAAAAUCGCAAACAAGUUGCAGAUAAUUAUGAUUUUGGUGAUAUACAAAAACUUCCAGCUAAUAUUCGAGAUAUAAUGGAGAAAAGAUUUUUACGUUUGAUUGCUUGGGAAUUAUAUUUCGGUUAUAUUUUUUGGACAAUUUUUUUUGGUAUUGGUCCAAUGGUUAUGUUUUUUCCAAUGGUUAAAUUAGCUAUUGAUGGUUAUGAAGUCUUAAUACUUUCAUUAGCAAGUCCAAUUAUACUUACUUCUUCAUUUGUUAAUAAUAUUGCAGAAGUUUGUGUUUAA